ACUUGUGACAAAAUCAUAAAGUUCUAUAUUAACACAUAGCUACAUCGUGUGGCUGUAAAUCUUCAGAUGACGUCACCUUUUUGAGUUUUAAUUGUGGAGAGAACAUUAUAAAAGACCAAUCAUGAUGUCAGUUCUGACGAAGGAUGACUUGGAAUCGAUGAAGACUAACAUUGAAAUCAUAAAGGCUCUACCAAACCCCCCUCAAGCCGUAAAAGACACACUGGAGGCAGUGGCUCUACUCCUAGGUUAUCCCCCACGACAAGCUAAAAAUUGGGCUUUUCUACAGCAACUUUGCAAAACUGGCCGUUUUCAGAGGCAUAUGCAGGAAUUCCAAUGUGAGGAUGUUAACCUCAACUCUGUAAAAAAAGCCAGAAGACUUCUUUCUACUUAUGACAGGAACACGAUAUCGGGAAAGUGUCAUGCUGUAGUUGGCCUCUUCAUAUGGGCUGAAAGCGCUGUUUUAGAAGUAGAGAAUUACUUGGAGACCAGAAAGGAAUUGAUGAAAGAAAGAAAAAUAUCACAGAAUGGCAAAAACAAGAUAUGAGAGGACUGCCUUAGAAAAUUUUCUUUAAGCAAUCUCAAAGUAUUCUAGUCAUAUUGAUGGUCCAUGUUGAUGUUGUUUAAUUGUAAAUUGAGACAUUAUUGUUAACUUGAUAUUUAUUACCACACAAGAAAUUCAUGAUAUAUAUUAUGAUAAAUAAUUCAUAUCAUUCCAAUGCUUGAAUAGAAGAGACCUCAAUAAGGAAAUGUACAAUAAAACAAAGUAGUGUUCGGAUAUAAAACAAAUCAAUGUCACUACGAUUACUAUUUUCCUUGUCAAGUCAAUUAAUUUUCAGUUGUGGUCAUUUCAAGUUAUUUAAAGAUGUUUAACCAUCA